UGCAUAUUUCACGGUGGUCGCGCUAGUACACUACAGAACACAGGAGAAAGAAGUUGAAGAAUAAGAGAAGAGAGAAGAAAGAGGAAAAAGAUGGGGCAAAGAUGGGCAAAGAAGUGCAGCACUUCAGAUUCUGAUGUGAGAGCAGAACGGCAGAAGAGAAUACACUAACAAGAAAGAUGAAGAGAAUUGAACGUACAUAUUCCAAAGAAACAGAAGAACUAAGGUUCCAAAGGAUACUCGUAUCAACUGAAUUUCUAGGUCCCUUGUCAUUUAUGUGCGGCUUCGCUUUAAGAGUAUUGCUCUGUAAAACGUUGUGUUCUUUCUCUUUUUGGUUUUAUUUCAUAAAAAGGAUAACCGCGGGAUUUAACCAGGAGCGGGUUCUCCAGAAUUGCACCCGAUCCCUGCGAACUCCGGGUGACGUUUCUGCUGUAACCACGUCUGCUGAUCGUCAGAUAGGUGAUUAUGGUCUGCGAUGGCUUCAAUACGACGAUCCAGUAAAAUUCUCGUUUACCACGAGGACACGGAGCGAACGAAGGACGACUGCCUUCUGCAUUUUCCCCGCAAGUAUCUCAAUAUUUUGUUGA